AUGGCUCCAAUGUACAUUGUUGUAAGAGAGAUUAAGAAGAACAAAACUACUGCUGCCAUUAAGUUGAGAGCAGUGCGUACAUACGAUGUUCCUCAAAGCCGGUUUAACCAAGAUAUCAAAUCAAGAGAGUGUGUUCUACAUGAUGAAGAGGGGGCAUAUGUUCAUCUGCAUAUUCCUGGAAAGAAUGUGUCUAUUCAGAAUAAAUUCAUUGAAGGCAAUGUGUAUUGUAUAAAAAACUUCCUGGUAGUUCAACAUUACUAUACCUAUAAGACAUGCAGUGGUCCUCACAUGUUGAAGUUAUUCAAUGAGACAUUGGUAAAAGGCUACAAAGGAUUAGAUUUUCCUACACAUAUGUAUCGUUUACAGUCCUUUACUGCUUUGAAGACAGUUGAUCCUAAAGUAUUGGUUGAUGUGAUUGGAAGGGUUGUGGAAAUAUACAACCCUUUGGACAAGUUGAUAUCUGGUAGGCCUUCCCGGCUCAUAGAUUUCCUCAUUGAGGAUUUAAAUGGCAAUCAACUUAAAUGCACUGUAUGGGAUCAGCAUGUUGAGAAAGUGAUGCCUUAUUUGAGAAAAGAUUUUGCAGAGCCAGUGAUUGUGCUAAUUCAGAUGGGAAGGGUGAAGGUUUCUGAAAACUCUGCUGAAGUGAAAAUAACAAGUUCUUAUGAUGCUACCCAACUUCUGUUUAAUGGCGACAGUACUGAGUUUGUGGAGUUUAGACAGAGCCUAUCUUUGCAGCAAACACCUUUAAAGAGCCUUACCUCAAACUCAGCUUAUAGUUAUGGUAAUUCAGCCUAUAGUUAUGGUAAUUCAAGUGGUGGUGAUUUGAGUAGUUCAAAAAUGCGUAUCAUUACCAUAUCUGACAUCUUUCAGAAUAGAGAGGUAGGUGAAUUCUGGGUACCUGCACAGAUUAUCGGAAUAGAGUCUGAUGUUGAUGAUUGGUUUUACCAGUCCUGCAAAGAUCCAGGAUGUAAUAAGAAGGUGGAUUUUCUUGAUGGAAUGUUUCAGUGUAGCAAGUGUAGCAGCAGAUAUGAUGACUGCAUCUACAGGUAUAAAAUUAAGGUUAGAGUUGUUGAUGUUAAAGGUACAGCACCCUUUCUUCUAUGGGAUCGUGAAGCACUUGAUUUGGUUAGUGUAAGAGCUGAUGAAUUGAUAGCAAAGCAGCCAAAGGUGAUGAUUAAGAUCCCUAAAGAGCUUAAGACUAUGCUGGGCCGAGGUCUUUUCUUUAAGGUCAAUGUGCAAAAAAAUCAGCUAGACAACCUAAGUCAUGCUAUUCCUGUAAUGUCAGUUAAACACUUCCCUGAGAUGUUCAAUACUUACUGUCCUGGUCUCCUUGCUGAUAAAGAUGAUGGUUUAUCCCAAGUUAGUGACUAUGAAACAGAUUCAGAUGAGGGAUUUUUUUCAGAGGAAGAGGCAGAGAGUCCAAAUGUGAAUGCUGUGAAGGAACAAUCAGUUGAUGUAACUGAGAGUGAUGCUGUUAAGAGAAGCUUACUUGAUCAAUUUUCCAGCACUCAAAAUUCAAAGAAGAAAAGAGUUAUGGUUGUGAAGGAGGAGGGAGAUGAUGAUAAGGAAACAUGA